AUGAGAAAGGAGGGAUAUAAGAAACGAACCCUUGCCACCCCUUCUAUUCUUAGCGUCUUCCUCGUUAUAGCGGUAAAUCCUCUAUUUAAAUUAAAUAACCCCGAGCUUUUGCGCCAAAGCUCCUAUGUCUAUGGAGUCUGGGUUAAAGCAACAUCGGGGAAACGUUUCAACGUCAUUGAUCCAGGCUCGGACCGGGCUUUCGCGUCCUGCCCUGACAAUGGACCCGAAGAUGUUGAAUCCGCCCACAAUCUGAUCGCAGAAGCGAGAGACGAUCUAGUGCAGAUCCUCACUUACGAAACUGGGAAAUCACUAGCUGAAGCUCACGGAUCGAUCAGUAUUCCCUCGGCACCGAACCAAAGGAUCUUUGUGAUUAAACAACCUAUCGGUCCCGCGAACUUCCCUAUUGCGACAAUCCUCCGCAAGGCUAGGGCUACUUUAGCGGCUGGGUGUACUAUAAUUGCAAAGCCCUCACCUAAAACACCCCUUACCUGCUUAGCACUUACCUACCUUACUAGUAAAGCAGGCUUCCCACCUAGUGUGUUUAACGUCUUGACUAUGUCACUCGAGAAUACCCCGUCGCUCUCGGAGGCCUUAAUUGCUUACCCUCGGACUAAAAAGAUCACGUUUACUGGAUCCACCCGAGUGGGUAAGCUAAUCGCUCGAUUAUACGCGAGACACGCCGGCCAGGCAUAUAUCACCGCCAAUAGGGUCUAUAUUCAAAAGGGGAUCCAUAAUAAGUUUGUUCAGUUAUUGGUGAAGAAGACAAAGCAGCUCGUGAUUGGACAUAGCACAGAUACGAGGACAACCCUGGGCCCGGUCACCACGCCUAGAAGCCUGGACAAGGUCGCCGAGCAGGUUAAAGAUAUAGUUCGUCGCGGGGCUAAGCUAGCCUUUGGGACAGGCAAGCCGCACCAAAACGCGAUAUUUGCAGAGGGAAGUGGACUUAGCCACGGAGUCGGUGGAUAUUUUAUAAGGCCGACUAUCUUAACGAAUAUGACACACGAUUCGUCAAUUAGCCAAGAAGAAAUAUUCGGCCCCGUGUGCGCGGUUUUCCAGUUUGAAACGGAGGAAGAGGUCACCAAAUGGGCGAACGAUACCAGUAUAGGGCUUAUAUCUUACGCUUUCACCAAAGACGUUGAUAGAAUGUGGAGAAUGUUUAAGAAUCUUAAGGCGGGUAUCGUUAGUCUCAAUACAGGAAACAGUUCGGCUGCUAAGAGCCCCUUUGGUAGGAUCAAAGAGUCUGGUUAUAGUAAGGAGAGUGGAAAGGAUGUGGCUAUGAAAGAAUAUCUGAUCGAGAAGACUGGAACGUUUACCAUCGAGAACCAGUACUAG